AUGGACAGUAUAAGUAUCAGUGACGGUCGCGCCGCCGAGCUGGAGCAGAAGGGAGUAUCUCCGCCAACGAUUGUCAAAGGCGAAGCGACGGUAUCUACAGCAGACGGCGAGAUCGAUGCGAUCAGCGAGGCCGAGCCACAAAAGACUUAUUACAGUAAACAAUCUGUUUGGUUGAUGGUGCUAUUCUCUGGACUAGCAAUUGGCUCCGACGGAUAUAAUGCUGCCGUGAUCGGUAACGUCGAGCUGCUACUAGCAGUCCUUUACCCCGAUGCACUCACGAAGUCCAUGUAUUCAAGGCUCUCCAAUGCUUUCCUCAUCGGCAUGAUAGUGGGUAUGCUGCUGUUUGGUACCAUCGUAGAUCAAUUGGGACGUAAGACAGGUGCCGUUGCGACAACACUGCUCUUGGUCCUCGGAAUCACUUUGAGCACAGCCGCCAAUGGCACUUCUGCUUCCGGUCUUCUUUGGAUGCUGGUUAUUGCACGAGGAAUCGCUGGAGUGGGUGCUGGUGGUGAGUAUCCUGUCAGCGGUGCAGGAGCUGCUGAAGCAACCGAUGAGGGCGACCAGUACAGAAAAAGGCGAGGUUUCAUGUUCGCCAUGUUGGCAGACUUGUCGGCGUCGUUGGGAUAUGUGUGGGGAGGGCUUGUCCCAUUGCUUUUGCUCUUGUGCUUGAAGCAAAAGGAAGAACACUACCACAUUGUCUGGAGGUUGAGUUUCGCACUAGGAAUGAUUCCGCCACUUUCAAUUUUCUGGUUUCGAAUCCGCAUGGCAACUUCGACUGCAUACCGAAAGUCGGCAAUGAGGAAGCAAAGGGUUCCAUAUUUGCUCGCAUUCAAGCAGUAUUGGCGUUCCCUUGUCGGAUGUGCUUCCACGUGGUUUCUCUACAACUAUAUCAGUGUUCCCUUUGGCAUUUUCUCUGGUACCAUCAUCAAUCGAGUCAACGCUUCAGAGUCUCUUGUCAAAAGUUUGGGAUGGGGUGUGGUCAUCAACUGUUUCUAUAUUCCCGGGCCAUUUCUGGGCGGAUAUUUGAGCGACAAGAUUGGGCGAAGGAAGACAAUGGCACUUGGCUUUGGUCUCCAGGCCAUCUUAGGCUUCAUCCUCGGAGGCGCCAACAAGCAAAUUGAAAAUAUCUUCCCGCUUUUUGUUGUCUUAUACGGGCUGUUCCUGACACUUGGAGAAGUUGGUCCUGGAAGUACCGUUGUUCUUGCAGCAUCUGAAUCAUUCCCAACCGCAAUCAGAGGUCAGAUGAUGGGGUUUGUCUCCGCCUGGUCAAAGGCAGGCGCAGCGAUAGGCACUCAAGUAUUUACAGCAAUUUUGAAUUCUUACGAUGACCCAACAAAAGGCAAUCAGACUGCAUUCUUGAUUGGGUCCGCUUUUGCUGCUGUCGGGAUGCUGAUUGCUUUCUUCGUUAUUCCGGAUGUAAGCAGGCGGCUAAACGACGAAGACGAGGUGUGGAAGCUGUAUCUUGCCGAGCAUGGGUGGGAGGCGGAGUGGGGCGAUAAGGUAUCCCGAGAUCCUCAAGGCGUGAUGAUGCACAAGGUCGUUCCAAUAUCAUAG